AUGUAUUUGAUCCUAGGCACAGGUCAAUAUGAAAAUACUCGUCAAAUACAUCAGCCAUCCCUGAGGAUAGUUCUGCUGGGAUUCAGGCUCUCUGGGAAGUCUUCAACUGGGAACACCAUCCUGGGCAAAGACGUGUUUGAGUUAUGCUUUAUGUCAAAGUGUGAGAGGAGACAAGGAGAAGUAACAGGGAGACAGAUCACUGUGGUUACCACUCCAAGCUGGGAUUGUGUACGUGGCUUGAAUGAUGCUCCUGAAUUCCUAAAACAGGAAACCGUACUGAGUGUAUCCUUGUGUCAUCCUGGACCACAUGCUGUCUUACUCCUCAUACGUCUAGAUGUCUCCUUCACUAGUGAAUAUAGGCAACACGUAGAAGGCUAUCUGUCUCUGUUUAGUGGGGCUAUCUGGAGUCACACCCUGGUGCUGUUCACCUGUGGAGACUGGCUGGGAGACACAACCAUUGAGCAGCACAUUGAGAGUGAGGGAGAGCAUCUGAAACGGCUGGUUGAGAAAUGUGGGAACAGAUAUCAUGUCCUCAACAAUACAAACAGCACUGAUGACACACAGGUGACCGAGCUGCUGGACAAAAUUGAAGAAAUGGUCACAGGGAACAGGGGCUGUCAUUAUGAGAUGGACAGGAAGAGACUGGAGGAAACACAGGAAAGGAGGAUGAAAGAGGAAGAGAGAGCAAAAGAGAGACUGAUGAAGGUGGAGAAGCAAAGCCAACACCUCCAGUCACUGAAGCGCAAAUCACCUCCCCUGUCAGAGUUCAGAGUUGUGCUGCUGGGAUACAGAUGUGCUGGGAAGAGUUCAUCAGGAAACACCAUCCUUGGCAGAGAGGAGUUUGACCUGAAGAGAAGAACAGCUCAGUGUGUGAAGAGACAGGGAGAAGUAGCAGGGAGACAGGUCACAGUGGUGGACACGCCAGGCUUUUGGCUUAAGCACACUGUCAAAGACACUCCUGAGCUCACUAAACAGGAGAUUGUGCUCAGUGUGUCUCUGUGUCCUCCAGGACCACAUGCUGUCCUCCUGGUCAUACGUGUGGAUCUAGCCAUUACAGAGGACAAACAAGGCAAAUUGCAGGAAUCCCUGGAUUUUCUCAGUGAGAGUGUGUGGAGUCACACCAUGGUGCUGUUCACCUGUGGAGACUGGCUGGGAGACACAACCAUUGAGCAGUACAUUGAGAGUGAAGGGGCCCUGCAGUCUCUAAUAGAGAAAUGUGGGAACAGAUAUCAUGUCCUCAACAAUGAAAAUAGAGGUGAUGAUACACAGGUUACACAGCUGUUGGAGAAAAUUGAAGAAAUUGUGGAAGGAAACAGGGGCCAUCACUUUGAGAUGGACAGAAAGAGACUGGAGGAAACACAGGAAAAGAGGCAAAAAGAGGAUGAGAGAGCAAAAGAGAGACUGAUGAAGGUGGAGAAGCAAAGACAACACCUCCAGUCACUGAAGAGCAAAUCACCUCCACUGUCAGAGUUCAGAGUUGUGCUUCUGGGAAACAGAUAUGCUGGGAAGAGUUCAUCAGGAAACACCAUCCUGGGCAGAGAGGAGUUUGACCUGAAGAGAAGAACAGCUCAGUGUGUAAAGAGACAAGGAGAAGUAGCAGGCAGACAGGUCACAGUAGUCGAGGCUCCAGGAUGGUGGAGUAAGUUCAACCUCAAAGACACUCCUGAGCUCACUAAACAGGAGAUUGUGCUUAGUGUGUCUCUGUGUCCUCCAGGACCACAUGCUGUCCUCCUGGUCAUACGUGUGGAUAAAGCCAUUACAGAGGACAAGCGAGGCAUAUUGCAGGAACACCUGGAGUUUCUCAGUGAGAGUGUGUGGAGUCACACCAUGGUGCUGUUCACCUAUGGAGACUGGCUGGGAGACACAACCAUUGAGCAGCACAUUGAGAGUGAAGGGGCCCUGCAGUCUCUCAUAGAGAAAUGUGGGAACAGAUAUCAUGUCCUUAACAAUGAAAAUAGAGGUGAUGAUACACAGGUUACACAGCUGUUGGAGAAAAUUGAAGAAAUUGUGGAAGGAAACAGGGGCCAUCACUUUGAGAUGGACAGAAAGAGACUGGAGGAAACACAGGAAAAGAGGCAAAAAGAGGAUGAGAGAGCAAAAGAGAGACUGAUGAAGGUGGAGAAGCAAAGACAACACCUCCAGUCACUGAAGAGCAAAUCACCUCCACUGUCAGAGUUCAGAGUUGUGCUUCUGGGAAACAGAUAUGCUGGGAAGAGUUCAUCAGGAAACACCAUCCUGGGCAGAGAGGAGUUUGACCUGAAGAGAAGAACAGCUCAGUGUGUAAAGAGACAAGGAGAAGUAGCAGGCAGACAGGUCACAGUAGUCGAGGCUCCAGGAUGGUGGAGUAAGUUCAACCUCAAAGACACUCCUGAGCUCACUAAACAGGAGAUUGUGCUUAGUGUGUCUCUGUGUCCUCCAGGACCACAUGCUGUCCUCCUGGUCAUACGUGUGGAUGAAGCCAUUACAGAGGACGAGCGAGGCAAAUUGCAGGGACACCUGGAGUUUCUCGGUGAGAGUGUGUGGAGUCACACCGUGGUGCUGUUCACCUAUGGAGACUGGCUGGGAGACAUAACCAUUGAGCAGCACAUUGAGAGUGAAGGGGCCCUGCAGUCUCUAGUAGAGAAAUGUGGGAACAGAUAUCAUGUCCUUAACAAUCUGAACAACACUGAUGAUCAGCUCCAAAGAAAAAAUAUAGAGGAACACUUGAGGCUUGCUGGUGAAGAACUUUGGAGUCACACCAUGGUGCUGUUCACCUAUGGGGACUGGCUGGGGGACACGACCAUUGAGCAGUACAUUGAGAGUGAAGGAGAAAGCCUCCAUUGGCUCAUUCAGAAAUGUGGGCACAGAUAUCAUGUCCUCAAUAACAAGAAUAAAGGGGAUGACUCACAGGUUACAGAGCUGCUGCAGAAGAUUGAAGAGAUGGUGUGUCUGUGUUUCAUUGUUAAAUAG